AUGUUUGGCUUUGUCCCAGUGUUUGGCUUUGUCCUAGUGUUUGGCUUUGUCCUAGUGUUUGGCUUUGUCCUAGUGUUUGGCUUUGUCCCAGUGUUUGGCUUUGUCCUAGUGUUUGACUUUGUCCUAGUGUUUUGUUUUGUCCUAGUGUUUGGCUUUGUCUUAGUGUUUACCUUCACCCAUGUGUUUGACUUUGUCCUAGUGUUUGGCUUUGUCCUAGUUUUUGGCUUUGUCCUAGUGUUUGGCUUUGUCUUGUUGUUUUGUUUUGCCCUAGUGUUUGGCUUUGUCUUAGUGUUUACCUUCGCCCAUGUGUUUGACUUUGUCCUAGUGUUUGGCUUUGUCCUAGUGUUUGGCUUUGUCCUAGUGUUUGGCUUUUCCCUAGUGUUUGGCUUGGUCCUAAUGUUUGGCUUGGUCCUAAUGUUUGACUUUGUAUUAGUGUUUACCUUCGCCCAUAUGUUUGACUUUGUCCCAGUGUUUGGCUUUGCCCUAGUGUAUGGCUUUGUCCCAGUGUUUGGCCUUGCCCUAGUGUUUUGUUUUGCCCUAGUGUUUGGCUUUGUCCUAGUGUUUGGCUUUGUCCUAGUGUUUGGCUUUGUCCUAAUGUUUGGCUUUGUCCUAGUGUUUGGUUUUGUCCUGGUGUUUGGCCCUUUUUUAGUGUUUACCUUUUCCCUAGUGUUUGACUUUGUCCGAGUGUUAGGUUUUGUCCUAGUGUUUGGCUUUGUCCUAGUGUUUGACUUUUCCCAAUGA